CUGAGCAUGACACGACACUUUAUCUGGGAAAAGACCAUUCAAAUCCAAGCUAAGCCUGGACCCACAGAAUGGUUCUGAAAGGUUUGGCAAACCUGGUCGUGUGGCUUCUCUGUAUCUUGAUUCCAACUUUGCUCACAGAUGAAGCUGUCAUUCUGCCAGCCCCUCUGGAUCUUUCUGUACAUUCUACUAACAUGAAGCACAUAUUGACUUGGAGUCCAGUGACUGUCCCUGGAGAAACAGUAAAUUAUUCUGUUGAGUACCAGGGAGAAUAUGAAAGAUUUUAUGCUAACUCCUGGAUCCCCAGCAGUUGGUGUUCUUCCAUUAGCACCCCAGAGUGCAAUGUUACAGAUGACAUCACGGCCACCGUGGCUUAUAACUUUCGAGUCAAGGCAACAUUCGGCAAUCAGAGUUCAGCCUGGAGCACCCUGAAGGAGCUUUUCAAUCGCAACUCAACUGUCCUCACCUCUCCCAGAAUGAAAAUUAGCAAGGAUGGCUAUCAUUUAAUAGUGGAAUUUGAGGACAUGGGGCCAUAUUUUGAAUUCAAUGUUACUUACUGGAAGAAUAGCCCCAAUUCUCAGGAACUUUACAAGAUUGUGAGGGAAGGUGGCAAUCUAGUACAUCUGGAGACUAUGGAGGCUGGAGCUGAGUACUGUGUGAAAGCCCAGACCAUUGUGGAAGUUAUCGAGAGAAGCAGUGCCUUCAACCAGGGGGAAUGUAUCAGAGCACAAGAUGAAACCCCUCUGCUGGCUCUUGUCCUGUUCUCCUCUGCUGGUUUUAUCCUGUUUCUAGUGGGUCUGCCUCUAUUCAUCUGGAAAAUGAGCCAGUUGUUGCGGUACUCCUGCUGUCCUGUUGUUGUCCUUCCAGACACACUGAAAAUAACAGAUUCCCCUCAGAAGCUAAUAAACUGUAAAAAGGAAGAGAUCGAAUCCUGUGAUACAAUCGUUCGGGUAAUGUAUCCAGAGGAGCUCUUCCAUUCAUGGCUCCAAGAGACUUUAUAAAGGACUCUGGCUGAAACACAGAUCAGCUGAACACAGGAGCAGCCAGAGAGCAGGACUUUAUUCUUAGAAAAGGACACAAGAGGGGUGGCUAGGUGGCGCAGUGGAUAAAGCACCGGCCCUGGAUUCAGGAGUUCCUGAGUUCAAAUCCGGCCUCAGACACUUGACACUUACUAGCUGUGUGACCUUGGGCAAGUCACUUAAGCCCCAUUGCCCUGAAAAAAAAAAAAAAGAAAAGGACACAAGAGAACCAAAAAUAGAUAACCUGUGCUCUAUUUGCCUGGGACUAGCUGAAGGCAGAAAUACCUUGAGGAAUAAGACUCUUACAGAGAUAUCCUGGUAUCGUGGAAGGUUUGUUGCAUUGAAGAUUGGAAGAUUUAGGCUCUGGUCUUGGUUUGGCUGUUAACAAACUGUGUGAAUAUGGACAAGUCACUUCAUUCUCAGUUUUCUCAUCUAUAAAAUGAUGGGGUUGGACUAUAUGACCAUAUGUUUUUAUGAAACAGCAUUCUGACAUACUAGUGGUAUAUGUUAACAUUCAUGUUAGCCAAGCAAAAACUAGAAAAGGGACCUCCUAUUUAAGUACCUUCAUAAACGCUCUUACCAUGAACUCUGAAGAGUUGUGUCCUUUCACAUGCAUCCCUACCAAUACAGGAACUACUUGAGUAGUAGCUAUGGAUAUAUUGACAUUCAUUUGGUCUUUUCAGGUAUUGAAAUAUGUUGGUCACGGUUUAUUAAUUUCCAAUCAUUGUUACUAUUUUUAAAACUUCUUUUCAUUGAAAAGGGAAUGGUGAUGGCCACUAUUGUGGGUGCAUAGAGGCAGACUGAGAGAACCAUUUGGGAAGUACCACUUUGAAAUGAGAUACUCUGAAGACUUGGAGCAGAUCCUGGUGAUGGUGGGACUUUGAGAAGUCUCCAAUAAAGGGUUAAGUGGUUCAGGAUAGCAGCUUAUAUUCUUGUUCUUCCAUCAGUCCCAGGUGCAUCUUUUUGGCCAGACUGUAAGCUCCUUGAGGGCAGCAAACACACUUUGUUUAUAUUUUUCUAUUUUUCAACACUUGGAGCAGGGAUCUGCGCACAGA